AUGAGCAACAGGGCGUCAGCUAAUAUCCUUUUCGUAUUUGCUCUGGGCAUUUCGGGCUGCCUUCUUUACUCUGCUGAAUUCAGCAGUUUUAAGAAAAAUGAAACAUUAGGCGGGUUAACGUGCAAUGAGUUCGACACUGUUUUCAGUGCACUUAGUGUACUGAGCAAUAUUCAAUGCGCACUUCAGUGUUCGCUCUAUGGUACGUGCGUUGUUGCAUUCUACAAACCGUCGGAAAUGAAAUGUGUUGGAUGUAAUACGACAUCAAAGGAAAAUAUGGUGACGGAAGAUGAGUAUAUUGGUUAUGUGUUAGAGGUGAAAUGUGAGGCUUCAGGAAAAUGGCAGUCUGCAACGUGCACGAAAGAAAAAUUACCAAGUGAUUGUAAAGAAAUCCUUGAUAAGGAUCCUGAGGCGGAAAGUGGACAAUAUGAGAUAGAACUAUGGAAAUCUGGGAAGAUUCUGACCGUGAAUUGUGACAUGGAAACCGAAGGAGGUGGUUGGACGCUAUUUCAUAGGCGAAUAGACGGGUCAGUGGACUUUUAUCGCAACCUUACAGAGUAUGAGAAUGGUUUUGGGAACGUUGAUGGAGAGCUAUGGAUAGGUAUGAAAAAAUAUUUUAUUCCUUGUUUAAUUGAUAUACAAGAACUAGCUGAACAAGGUUCUACAGAGAUUCGUCUUGACAUGACAAGAAGCGAUGGAACAACAGGUCAUGAAACUUGUCCAGACUUUAUGUUAACAGAAGGAACAAAUUAUACUCUAAAUAUUGGGCCUUGCAUACCAGUUGGAUUCAAGAACAUGACCACUGUCUUUGGUUCUAAUAAUGAAAUGCCAUUUGCAACCUACGACCGUGAUUUCAAUACUACGACUUACAACUGCGCCGAGACGGACCAUGGAGCCUGGUGGUAUCAUUCAUUUUGUACUACUGUCAAUCUAAAUGGAUAUUAUGCGACGCCAGGCACGGUAUGUGAUGUUACAAAUGCCACCAGAG